AUGGAUGCGAAUGCUAGCCUGCUGGAGUCCACAAUCUGUCUGCACUUCUACGAGGAGACAAAUCCCUCCUUGAUCCCACCAAAUCAGGAGGUGCCUGAGGCGCUGUGCAAAGAAGAUGAUAUCCAAGACAGACUUGCGAUGCUCAUGGGCUGGCAAGCUCUCUUCAAUUCAGCACCAGGCAUUCUACUUGCAGUUCCUUUUGGUUCCCUUGCCGACUCCACUGGGCGGAGAUGGGUUCUCUCGCUAUCGUUAGUUGGGCUUACACUAUCUAAUGUCUGGAUUCUGUUUGUCUUGGCGGCUGAUUUACCGAUCAAGCUGACAUGGACGUCGUCAGCGUUUCUCUUCCUUGGUGGUGGCGCACAAGUCGCGACAGUUAUGAUUUACACCAUAAUAUCCGAUGUCAUACCUUCCGAACGGAGAACGACGUCCUACUUUUACCUCUCAGGUUGCAUUCUGUUGACAGCACUGGGUGCUCCGGCGCUGUCAUCCGUUCUGAUGGCCCACGACGUCUGGCUCGCUCUGUUUGUGGGACUGAUCGUGCAGGCUUCAGGCAUUCCCUUCGCCCUCACACUGCCUGAAACACUUUACAUGAAGCCCGGCGCAAAACCGGCGUUAGAAGGCAUAACAGCUGAAAGACCAGACUCCUCAAACGAGGACGUAGACGCUCCAGUUGCAAAGAGAUCCCUUUUCUUGCAGCGGGAAUGGCACAAAGCCCGCCACGCGCUUCACAUACUGCACCAAGACGCAAGCCUUACUUUGGUGAUCCUGUCCUUUCUUGUUUUCAGACUCGGAGCGCAAUCAAUGAAUCUUCUACUACUGUACGUGUCGAAAAGGUUCCGCUGGCCACUCAGCAAGGCCACGCUCCUCCAGACGCUAGAGGCAGGUAUCACCCUGGUCCUGUUGCUAGUAGUACUGCCUUUUGCAACACGCGUGAUGCAGAAGAGAUUCUCCUUCACGCCGGCAAAAGCGGACCUCUACUUAUCACGGAGCAGCAUCGUCCUGAUGACCUCAGGGUUUCUGGUUAUUGCUGUCUCGCCAACAGUAGCCACACUGAUCGCUGGACUUAUCCUCGAAACAUUCGGCACCGGCUACCUGUCCGCCAUUCGGAGUGUUGCUACUGCAAUGAUCGGUGGCGACGCCAGCCAUGAUAUCGGCCGCCUCUACGCUGUGAUUGCAAUCAUGGACGGCAUCGGCAGUCUUGUAGCCGGCCCACUGUUCUCGCUGAUGUUUCGUUGGGGCUUGAAGCUCGGAGGCGGUUGGCUUGGCCUGCCUUUCUUGCUAACAACCGCGCUUUUCCUGCUUAUCACCGCUGCGAUAUUUGCCGUGAGGCUUCAGGAGGAUGAGCAUGAAGAGGGUGGGCUCGAUGAGCAUGCCUCGACUGACUGA